AUGGAUCGCCGUCCUCCUGCACAGUCACUGGUACCACCAGCACCAAUAUCAAGCAAUGCACCGGAACCUCCGCAACGCCUACGCCACAGGCUGCAAAAGAAGUUCCUGUCCAUCCGACGUCCUGCACCUAUCGACCCAGUAGCAUCAAACAAACUCAAUACCGGGGUGGCAUUAGCUGCCCAGCAAGCCGGAACCAUCGGCCAACCUUCCCUACGUUUGUCACCAGACCUCAGCGACGCAAAAUGGCACGCAUAUCUCGGAGACAGCAACGCUGUUCAAGAAUCAAAACCAAAAUCAAAACCCCAAACUACUAGACCAAGGACGCCAGAGAAGCCACGAAAAGUCUCAUUCGAUACACCAGCGCCGGCCAUCAUUCCAGAGUUCUCGCACCUCGCCGUCAGCAAUUUGACACCGAGACCAUCUCUCGACAGCUCACUCAGCUCACCGACCUCGUCCAUCAGCACGAGAUCGAGCAUGAGACGCCAUGCAAAGACGCCCAUCUACGCCAUCGGCCAACUGGAAAACGCAAGCCAUGGGAGGAGUGCGAAACCCGCCGAAAAAGUCACCAGCGUCGACCUGAUUGCGAACCAGUACCGGGAUCUCCUCGAGACACAGGAUGCCAGCUCAAUAUGUACCGACGCCCACUCUGAUCCUUUUCCAUCACGACAGUCGCUGCACAGCCAAAUUUCCUCCUCCGCCACCCGGUCACGCCACAGCGCCGGCGAGACACCCGCAGAGCUCCGGCGUGACAUCUUUUCGCCGGCACCGGCGCCUUUACGCCGUGCUUCGGCCGCGUACCCUAGGUCACCAAGGUCCGACGACGGAACGCUGGUUGCGUUUGACGAGGAAGCGAUUUACUUCAAGCCCAUGUCAUUUUCACCAGAACCACCGUCGACACCCCCGCCCCCGCCGCGGAAUCGCGCCCGACUGAACCGCAAUUCACACUCGCCAGGGGGAUCGAGCCAGAACUUGAGCUUGCAGAUCGCCAUGGACCUCUUGACCCGUGAACUCUCGACGAGCAUGUUGGACAAUUCGCACAAGACGGGAACAGACGUCUCGUCUCUCCAGGUUUGGGUGAUGAUCGAAGCCUACGAGAGGUUGAGGGAUCAGGUCCUGGAAGCGAGGAGGCAAACGGAUGAGUCGCAAAAUCUGGAGACCGUGUUCGACACUUGGUUGAAGGCUCUGUAUACCCUUCACGACCAAAUGACCAGUGACGCGGCAUCUCGCGGGAGCAACUACGAUUAG